AUGAUCGAUUUCAUGGACUACAUCGUCCACGCCUUCGGGACGUCAACCGACUGGAACCCAGACAACAGCUAUUCCUCCCUCACAGCGACGUCCGACGCUCUACUCUCCUUCCAGACUCCAUCCACCUUGUCUCUGCAUAUCUCUUCGCUGAGCACACCGAACUUUGCGUCCUCAUACACGCUCUCGACAUUAGGACAGAUCGAUGGGUCAAUAUCAUACCUCUACUCGAGCGUUGCGCUGGGACAUGUACCUUCGGAAGCGCCGACCAUACCACUAAAGUCCCUGACGAAGGGCUAUAGAGAAGUACGGCUUCCUGUGCCCGUCGUGCAAGGGGACAAGGAUAGGAGGAAGUAUUUCACUGAAGAUGGGCGCAAACCAAUCCUGCUUCACGCAACUUUGGCUCUUCCCCCUCCUUCAGUCCUAACAGCCUUGUAUGCCCGACGGGUCAGCCCAGAGACGCUCCUCUCGCUGUCGCUCUACAGCCAGUCGACGACAAAGCCUACCGUCAACUCUGGUCCGCCUCCAGCUUCGGUCCUAGCACACCUACAGCAUGACAACGGGCAGUACUCUGUCGAAGGACUAGGAUCUACGGACAAUGGUCUGCUAGGAGUGCGCGGUCUCUGGAACUUCGGAGUCGGUCCUCUCAAGCAACGCGACAACGUACCCUCACUCUCAGCUCCACGGCAAGAAGUCACGGACGGAGCAGGGAGCGGCACAGAAGAUCCCAGCCCAAGAACACUAUUCCUCCCGUCCCAGACCGACUCCCUAACCGCCCACCGCAACCGGCUGGCGUCGAAGCCGUCGCUCCUGUCGGCAGGCGCAGAAUUCUACUACAGCCCUUUUUCCCACGUCAUCGGCCUCUCGACGGGCCUCCGUUUCACGACCCUCGCACCACACAUUACGCCCUCAGAACCUCCCGCUCCCCACCAAACGGCUCUGACGGGCAAAGCCGUCGCGGGUACGUCUGCCUCUCUCCUUUCCACAGCAGGGCACACUCUUUUGACCCCUUCGAACGUCCCUCAUUCCUCCUUCCCCUACACGAUGACGCUCACAGCCACGCCACUGACCGGAUCAAUUUCGUCGACCUACUCCGUCCGACCCACACCCCACUUGGCCCUAUCGUCACGAUUCGACUUCAACUUCUACUCGUGGGAAUCGCGCUACGUCGUCGGAGGCGAGCUAUGGCGCCCUCGGAAGCGCGAGGCCCUUUCAGAUCCCGAGACAGAUCCCGUCCACUGGGCCCGCACACUCACCUCCGACUGGUUCAACCCCGCGGAGCGUGCCCUCAAGACGUCCCGCCUGGAGCGCGAAGAGGAAAACGUGCUCAAGUUCCGCGUCGACGACACGUGGAACGUCAAAGCCCUCUGGACCGGCCGGGUCAAGAGCCUGCUCGUCGAGGUUGGCGUCUCGGUCAACCCGGUCGCGCAUCAUCCCGGUGCUUCAACGGUGAAUGCCGCCGCGAACAACGGGAGCGAGACCGUCAAGCCGGCAUCUCUAGAGGCGAAUGGAGUCGGAAUGGGGACCGGCACUGAGGGUGGCAUUAAACGAUGGACGGGCAACGUGGGUGUGAGUAUCGCUUAUUCGACUUGA